AUGACCAGUAAAACUGAGCGUCAAACGUUGCCUACUACUGUGAAACCGUUUCAUUAUGACGUAACUUUGACCCCUAAUUUGAAAGACUUUACCUUUAAAGGAAGCGAAGCUAUACACCUAAAUAUCAAUAACAAUACAAAGCAAAUCACGUUAAAUGUUCAUCAAAUUGAAGUUCAAGUUGCUAAACUUGAUAGUACCGAUGCAUCAGAUAUAAUUUAUGAUAAUGAAAAACAGACUGUGACUUUUACUUUUCCGAGUGAAGUGCAAGCCGGCACAUCAGCUGUUUUGCACAUCGAUUUUACAGGAAUUCUAAAUGAUAAGAUGUGUGGCUUUUAUCGUAGUUCUUACACCGAUGCUGCAGGGAAUCAAAAAUAUUUAGCUACCACCCAAUUCGAGCCUACUGAUGCCCGUCGUGCUUUUCCUUGUUGGGAUGAACCAGCAAUCAAAGCUACUUUUGAUAUUACUUUGAUCGUCCCAUCCGAUCUUGUGGCUUUGAGUAAUAUGAAUGUGGUUUCUGAAAAACCAGUCGAAAAUAACAAGAAAGAAGUGAAAUUCGCAAAGACGCCGAUUAUGAGUACUUAUCUCGUGGCAUUCAUUGUUGGAGAUUUAGCUUAUAUUGAGAAAUAUACAUCUGGUGAACAUAAUAAAGAAAAAGUCCUCAUCCGAGUUUACGCAAUUAAUGGGUCAGAAAAUCAAGGAGAAUUCGCGUUGGAUGUUGCAACUAAAACACUUGAACAUUAUUCUCGAAUCUUUAAAAUUCCAUAUCCCUUACCGAAAUUAGAUAUGGUAGCAAUUCCUGAUUUUGAAGCAGGUGCUAUGGAGAAUUGGGGUCUCGUCACGUAUCGUACUGCCGCAAUUCUUUUCGACCCGAAAGCAUCUGAUGCGCGAUUUAUGCAAAAGGUGGCCUAUACUGUGGCCCACGAAUUGGCUCAUCAAUGGUUUGGAAAUCUCGUCACUAUGGAAUGGUGGGAUCAUCUCUGGCUUAACGAAGGAUUUGCUACUUGGGUUGGUUACUUGGCGAUUGAUGAAAUUUUUCCAGAUUGGGAUAUUUGGACACAAUUUGUAGUUGAGGGUUUUCAACAAGGUCUCAAACUCGAUUCCCUUCGUUCAUCUCAUCCUAUUGAAGUUCCUGUAAAUGAUCCCAGUGAAAUACAUCAAAUUUUCGAUGCUAUAAGUUAUUUUAAGGGUGCUUCUGUUAUUCGAAUGUUAAGUUCUUAUCUUGGUGUAGAGGUUCUCUUAGCUGGUGUACGAAGAUAUUUGAAUGCUCACUUGUAUGGAAAUGCGAGCACAGAUGAUUUAUGGGAGAAUUUAUCGCAAGAAAGUGGACACGAUGUUGGUAAUUUUAUGACUGGAUGGACUAGAAAAGUUGGGUAUCCAGUGCUCAAUGUUACUGAACCUCGGCCGCAUACUAUACACGUCAAACAAACUCGAUUUCUUUCUACCGGCGAUGUUACCGCAGAAGAUGAUAAUCAUAUCUGGUGGAUACCCCUCGGAAUUAAUACAGGAAAAUCUACGCCUGCUAAUAUCAAAUCUCAAGUACUUACAGCAAAGGAAGCUGACUUGACAUUACCAGAAACCGGGGGAGAUUUCUUCAAGUUGAAUACAUAUGAAGUUGGAGUAUUUCGAGUCAAUUACACACCUGAACGAUUAAAAAAAUUGGGAAAAUCCGUCAAGAAUGGCGAGUUAGCUAAUACAAGUGAUCGUGUGGGUGUAGUUGCCGAUGCAGGUGCAUUAGCAGUGAGUGGAUAUGGAAAGACCAGUGGACUCUUGAGCUUAGUGAAUGAAUUCGAAAACGAGGAUAACUACAUUGUGUGGGUCGAAAUUAAUACUCGUAUUGCGGAUAUUGUCUCCGUAUGGUUUGAGCAGCCCGAUCCUAUUUACCAAGGACUCUUGGCAUUCCGACGAAAAUUAU